AUAAAUAAAAUAAAAUUCCACAAGAGAGAGAAAGAACCUUUCAAAAAAGAAAUAAACUAAUCCACUACAAAACAACUGGUCAUAUUUUUAUUCAAAUAAAAUACAAAUGACCAAUAUAAUAACAAUAUAAUGCCUUUCCUACCAAAAAAAAAUAACAAUAUAAUGCCUUUGAUAUUUGCCUGCACGUCCCCAAACAAGUAGAGAAUAAUAAUCACAUCAGAUUGAUUAAAACCCUCUCACUAAUCACCUUCUUAAUCACCGGCUCUCAACAGAGAAAAAAACAUCUUUCAGUUCUCUGUUCCGGCGAAAUCGGACGGUCGAGAUAAAUCAUGCACCGUAGAGCAAUUCAAGAAUCAGACGACGAAGAAGAUGAGACUUACAACGACGUCGUUCCUGAAUCUCCUUCGUCUUGUGAAGACUCAAAGAUCUCAAAACCAACUCCAAAGAAAAGUAGGAGGAACGUAGAGAAGAGAGUUGUCUCAGUUCCGAUUGCUGACGUGGAAGGAUCUAAGAGUAGAGGCGAAGUAUAUCCACCGUCCGAUUCAUGGGCCUGGAGAAAGUACGGACAAAAGCCGAUCAAAGGCUCGCCUUAUCCCAGGGGAUACUACAGAUGUAGUAGCUCAAAAGGAUGUCCGGCGAGGAAGCAGGUGGAGAGAAGCCGUGUGGACCCUUCAAAGCUCAUGAUUACUUACGCCUGCGACCACAACCACCCUUUCCCUUCCUCCUCCGCCAACAACAAAUCCCACCACCGCUCCCCCGUCGUCCUCAAAACCGCCAAAAAAGAAGAAGAAUACGAAGAAGAGGAGGAAGAACUGACCGUCACCGCCGCAGAGGAACCGCCGGCAGGACUAGAUCUGAGCCACGUUGAUUCUCCGUUGCUCUUAGGUGGCUGCUACAGCGAAAUCGGCGAGUUCGGGUGGUUCUACGACGCAUCAAUCUCAUCAUCAUCUGGUUCUUCGAAUUUCCUCGACGUAACUCUAGAGAGAGGUUUGUCACUAGGCCAAGAGGAAGAUGAGUCUUUGUUCGGUGAUCUCGGUGAUUUACCUGAUUGCGCCUCCGUGUUCCGCCGUGGGACCGUUGCGACGGAGGAGCAACAUCGGAGAUGCGAUUUUGGCGCCAUUCCUUUCUGUGAUAGUUCUAGAUGAGUGUGUGUAGCCAAAACCAAAACUUUUUUUUUCCACUGUAAAGGUGUAUCAAUGGUGGAUUCAUAUGAUUCAUUUUAUAUAAAAAAAAAAACCCAGAUAAUAAAUUUAAUAUCAUUUGAGAGAA